AUGGCAAGCGACGAUGUGUUGAGCGUGCUGGAGGAGUGUGUAAAGACAAUAAAUGCCAACACAACACAGCCAGAAAACUUUCUGAGCCUUCAGGAUGGCGUGGCAGCAGACUUCACUUCCCUCACAAAGACCCUGUAUGACCUCCAGAAAGCUCAGGAGCCUGCAGAUUAUAAAGGCAGCCCGUUGGCUUUACUGGUGGUGGAAAACUUUGAUGAAGAGCAGAUCUGGCAGGAACUGGAGCUGCAGAACAAUUCUCUACUGAAACACUUUAAAAAUGUCACCGACGAGGCUUUGUCAGAUGGAACAUUAACGUUGUUGGCAGAGGAGGAGGAAGAGAAUAGUGAUGAGGAAGAAGUAGAGACUGGUGAUGAAAAUAUUGAUGAUGAUGAUGAUGAAGUAGUGGAGGAGGACACACCCAAACAGUCCAGGAAAGUGGCUGCUGGGGCUGAUGAUUUCACAGAUGAGGACUCUGAUUUGGAUUUUGAUGUAGACGCUCUGGAGAAGCGAGAGAAAGAGAAGAAGGGCAUUGGAAGAAAAGGCUCCAAAACAAAAGUGAUCCCCUCUGAGGUUGACGAUAAGUUCUUCAAACUGUCAGAGAUGGAGUCAUUUCUUGAUGAUAUGGACAAGCGAGAGGGAAAAGAAGAUGGGGAUGAAGAUGACUUAGACUAUUUCCAGGACCUGCCCUCUGAUGAUGACGACGAUCUUGACCUAGAGGAAAUACUUUCUACCAAGAGGCAAAAGAAAAACACAGCAAAGAGCUCAAGGAAUCUCAAGUACAAGGACUUCUUUGAUGCUGUGGACAGUGAACCUGCUAAAGCAGAUGACCAGUCAGAUGGCGAUGAUGAAAGCCAGGGUGAAGGUGAAGAAGAAUUUGAUGACGAGGAAGAUGAUUAUGAUGGUGAAGAGGAGGGUGAUGAUGAGGAUGAAGAUGGAAGUCAGUCCAAAUCAUCACAUAAGAAAGUCACCUUUAACCUCUCCGUGGAUGAGGACAGUGAGGGAGAAGACAUGGAGGACAUUUUUGGAGGGAAAAGUACAAGUGCAGCAAAGUCAUCAUUUGAGAAACGGCAAGAAAAGAUGUCACAGAAGAUUGAGGAGCUGGAGAAAACAGCUCUGGGAGAGAAGCCCUGGCAGUUGGCCGGAGAGGUGACGGCACAGUCUCGUCCUGAGAACAGCAUGCUGGAGGAAGAUGUGGAGUUUGAACAGACAUCUAGAAUGGCCCCUGUUGUCACAGAGGAAACCACACUACAGCUUGAAGACAUUAUAAAACAGAGAAUCAAAGACCAGGCAUUUGAUGAUGUAGUCCGUAAGGAGAAACCCAAAGAGGAGGUGUUUGAGUACAAGAAGAGGCUAACGUUGGACCAUGAGAAGAGUAAGCAGAGUCUUGCAGAAAUCUAUGAGCAAGAAUACCUCAAACAAAACCAGACAAAGACAGAGGAGAAGGAGAACCCAGCCCAUGUAGAGAUUCAAAAACUUAUGGACACACUCUUCCUGAAGCUGGAUGCUCUCUCCAACUUCCACUUCACACCUAAGCCUCCUGUUCCUGAGGUCAAAGUGGUUUCUAACCUGCCAUCUAUUACAAUGGAGGAAGUAGCUCCAGUCAGCGUCAGUGAUGCCACCCUGCUCGCACCAGAAGAAGUCAAGGAAAAGAACAAAGCAGGAGAUAUUCUUGGUGAUACAGAGAAGACGUCAACAGACAAGAAGCGUGACAGACGCCACAAGAAGACUGUGAAGCGUCUGAAGAUCAAGGAGAAAGAAAAGAGACAGAAACUUAAAGAGGCCAGUUCAACUGGGGAGAAGAAGAAACUAUCAAAGGCAGAAGUCACUGAAAACCUAAAGAAACUCACAAAAGGAGGCAAAGCUACAAUGCUGAAGGACGAAGGAAAGGACAAGGCUCUGAAGUCCUCUCAAGCCUUCUUCUCUCAGCUGCAGGACCAGGUCAAAAGCCAGAUCAAAGGUGCAAAGGAUCAGUCUUCAAAGAAGAAACACAAAGAGGUUUCUGUCAGCAAACUCAAGUUAUAAUGACGGCGAUUUUUUUUGUGGAAGAUCAACUUUUUAUUGUACAGAUUUUUUUUUGUAAUGAGAGAGCUCCAAUAUAUUAAAAUCUGAAAGUCCUUGUUAAAUGUUUCCAUUUUCAUUAAAAUAAAAAAUCAAGAGCCCA